AAUCUUAAAGAGGUCAACCAGCUCGUUGGAGGCUGUGUGCACGGCCGUAGCGGUACUAUGGUUCCCACCGUCCACUCCAGUGAUGAAAUCGACAUCCAACAGGGGUGUACACAAACUGUGUACACAUUAAAAAAAAAAAAAGCCCAGAAACUAUGAUCUCACCAUCAAAGCAAACUGCGUUCAUCACCCGCCACCUUACGAGCGUUCAAACGGGCAUCGUCUCUUCAUCCUCACCCUGACUCGACUGUACCAUAGAGAUUAUUUCAGUAGACGUCACGUCUAUCUGCAUAGGGGAAUGAAAUGCAAUAAACCUGCGAGGUUUGGUGGUGGAAAAUAAUGCCCCACUGUCCAAGCUCUCCGGGAAAUGGCGCACACCUCAAAACCAACAUGGAAGGUAUAUUUAUUUAUCUGUAUGCCACUGCCACCGCCACUGUCAAAGCGACGAUGUGAUGCUCGUAUCUUAAGGGGGGUGGAUGGUGGUGGUGGGGUGGGUGAUGGAGGGGGUAGGGGAGGUUGGAAAACAACAGAAAAAAAAAUAUGAGCCACAUCUGGUUGGCAAACUGUCUUAAGAUGGAUGCAGAGGCGGCGCGCGUAAAAAAAUGACAAGCCGGAGUAGAAUGUUACUAGCCUCCGCGGUGGUGGUAUGGGAAUGGCUGAACGAGCACGGACGCUGGCGGCCCUACAGCCCGGCCGUCUCUCACCACAUCGAGGCGGUCAUCCGCUGCGACCCGCGCACCGCUAGUGUGGUUUUGGGCCAGGUGGACCCGCGCCUAGCGCCCUACAUCAUCGACGUGCAUUCCAUGCACCAGUUCCGUCAAGACACAGGCCCAGGUACCCUUCGACCGGUACGCCGCAGCUUCUACGACCCGGCCUCGGCCCCGGGCCAGGGCUGGCAGUGGGAGUGGGAGAACGACGCGGGCAGCUGGACGGCCUACGACACGGAGGUGGGCAUCGCCAUCCAGGCGGCCCGCGACCGGCAGCAACCCUGGCUGGACCUGGCGCCGCUGGGCUUCUGCUACCUCAUUGACUUCCAGAGCAUGACCCAGAUCAACGGGCAGACGCAGCGCUGCCGCCGCAUCCAGCGCCGCUCCGACCUGGCCUACCCGCUGGUGUCGGGGCCCCUGCCCAAGUCCCAGCCCGCCUGGGGUGGCGGCGGCGGCGGCGGUGGCGGCGGGGGCUCGGCGGGACUCAUGGGGAUCGGGGCGGGCGGGGGGAUGGGUGGAGGCGGAGGCGGAGGAGGGAUGGGCCCGGGCACCGGCAACGGGAGCGCCUACCCGAGCGGCGCGCUGCCGGCCUCGGCCAUCACCUCGCUGGGACAGCCGUGCGCCUGCCAGCAGUGCAUGCUGGUCCUCAGCGUCAAGGCGGGCGCCAUGUCGGCCGUCCACACGCUGGGGCGCCGGCCGCUGCCCAGCAAGCCCCCCAGCCCCAAGCUGGGCGGCUACAUGUUCCAGGGGGGCUCGUACUCCCUGACCCUGCCCCGGCCCCCCUCACUGACGCGCACGCUCUCCCCGCACAGGACAUCCAUCAUCGGGGCCAUGGGGGGGGGCGGGGGGGGAGGCGGCGCUGGCGGCGGGGGGGGCGGGGGCCCCUUCGGACACUCCCUCUCCUUCCUGGGCUCGGCCACGGCCGCCCUCUCGCUCUCCUCCACGCGGCCCCCGCCCCCGCCCCUCCCGCCGCCCCCGCCCCCGCCGCCGCCGCCGCCGCCCUCCCACCCGCCCUCCAUCUCCCUCUCGGCCUCCCUGGCCCCCCCGCACGCCUCCGGCGUCUCGGCCGUGACCACGGCGGCGUCCAUGCAGACGCUGCCCCUCAUCUCCACGGGGGCGUCCAGCUGCGCGCCCUCCCCCUCCGCCCGCGUCCUGGGCCCGGUGGCGUCGUCCGCGGCGGGGGGGGCGGCGGCCUGCGCGGCCCCCCUGCCCCCCCGGGCCAGCCUGGCGGGGCUCAGCCGACCCGCCCUGCAGCGCAUCGCCAUGGCCCAGUCCCGGGCCCUCAUCGCCUCCGGGGUUCCGACGGUACCGGUGAAGAACCUGAACGGGUCCAGCCCUGUUCAUCCAGCACUGGCAGGUAUUACAGGUAUCCUGAUGAGUGCGGCAGGACUUCCUGUCUGCUUGACCCGCCCCCCCAAGCUGGUGCUCCACCCUCCUCCAGUCAGCAAGAGUGACAUCAAACCCGUGCCGGGGCUUGGCCACUGCUGCCGCAAGACCACCAAGAAACAGGCCCGCAAAGGCAAGACCCCCGAGGAGGUGGUGAAGAGGUACCUGCAGAAGGUCCGCAACCCCCCCGAGGAGGACUGCACCAUCUGUAUGGAGGCCCUCGCCGGGCCCUCGGGCUACAAGGGCCCCGGCGUGGGGGGCAUCUCGCGGGCCGAGUCGGUGGGCCGGCUGGCUCAGUGCGGCCACCAGUACCACCUGCAGUGCCUGGUGGCCAUGUACAACAACGGCAACAAGGACGGCAGCCUGCAGUGCCCCACCUGCAAGACCAUCUACGGCGUGAAGACCGGGAACCAGCCGCCCGGCAAGAUGGAGUACCACGUCAUCCCCCACUCGCUGCCCGGACACCCCGACUGCAAGACCGUCCGCAUCAUCUACAACAUCCCCCCUGGCAUCCAGGGCCCGGAGCACCCCAACCCGGGAAAGCCCUUCACGGCGCGCGGGUUCCCCCGCCACUGCUACCUGCCGGACAGCGAGAAGGGGCGCAAGGUCCUGAGGCUGCUGCUGGUUGCCUGGGAUCGCCGGCUGAUCUUCUCCGUGGGGACGUCCAGCACUACGGGCGAGUCGGACACGGUCAUCUGGAACGAGGUCCACCACAAGACAGAGUUCGGCUCCAACCUGACGGGCCACGGCUACCCGGACCCCGGUCACCUUGACAACGUCCUGGAGGAGCUCAAGGCCCAAGGCAUCACCGAGGAGGAGUGUCUACCCAAAGACUGAGGGGGCGGGGACUAUCGCCUGAGCCAAUGGGAGAGCAGGAAGGGGAGGUGUGAGGGGAAAGACAGAGCGAGACAAUGAAUGGAGACGGGGCCAAAGGUGGGGAGGUAAGGGUCGCUCGGCAACCAGAAGAUGAGGUUUCCUGAGACAUCGGAGCGACGUGAGUGACGUGAGUGUACGAAACAAUGAUAAACCGUUGCCGAGGUGUCGGGAUAGAUUCGCCAAACCCCGAUGAGUUUGUCGGAGGAAAGAAAACGUUUUUCUUGUUUGUUUUUUUAUUGAGCAGUGACGGUAACUACAAACAGAACUGACUUGAGAGUGGAUAAAAGGGAGAUGAAGUACGACUCAAAAACAAAACACACACUCAUUCAAGUGCGAAAACUUUGGACACCUUAAAGAAAAAUAGAGAGAUAGAACUCCAGCUCCAACCCGUUGGGAUUCAGAAGUCUCGACCGACUGCAUGAAUAAUCACUUUUCCUACGCUAAAUGGGGAAUCAUUGAUUUAUUUCCUUUUUUCCUGAAACAACAAUGGUGUCGAGAUUGCAACGGUUAUUCAGUGAAGUGUUGGGGAUCACUGUGCACAUUCAACUGUGUUUAGAUUUAAAAAAAAGAAACGUGUCAUUUAUACUGUGGAGUUCAGAAAAAGGAUAUCAAGAAUGUAACUAACUCUUAAUUUUUCUGAUUUUGGGAAACGGUGAAGUUAGCCAAUAAUGCUGCUAUAUGAUAUCAUAGUCGAGGGAAAAAUGAAAUGAACUUGAAAGAGAAGGGAAAAAGGGGGAAUUUUCAUCAUAGAAUAUCAGUGUUUUUCUUUUAUAUGAUAACAAAGUUGUCGAUGGACGGUAGGUUGAACAAAGGUGAAAAAAUAACAGAUUUACAAUUCAGAAAACUGCUUUUAAAAUAUUUCAAGUGUGGGACUGAACAUCACAGCAUGGAUGUUUUCUGACCUCUAGUGGUUCGUGUUGGGGAUUACAUUCCUUUUUAGGUCGUCUAAAUCCUAUCAUUUUGAAAAUGCAUUGCUGUAUAAUAUGAAUACUUGGUAUGUUAUCUGACGUUGUUUCCAUUGAUAUCAUUUAUAUAUACUUUUACAUGCCAUAUUUAACAGCAUACUUUGAUGUGACAGAAUUAUGACAGAGAGAGAGAGAUGGAGAGAGAAAGAGAGCGAUUGAUGGCUAAGGAUAAGCUGGUAUAGCUGUGAUGAUUUUCUAUACUACUUGCCAACCCCCUUUGGUAAAUCAAUUUUAGAUUUUAGGUAAAGGCUGCACAUAUCAACGUUACUUAGUGUGUCCGAGCAGAGGCACACAAUGUGUUUAUUUUUUUUCCUAUUCUUUCCUUGGGUUUAUCAAAAGACAGAUCUCGAAUACCUCCGUUCCAACCGAGGGGGUUAGGCCUACUGAUUGGUUAUACACCAAACAAACAUUUAGCGCCAUUAGUCUUGCACAAAGAACACUCUCUGGACUCCUUAUGAGUGACUAUACCGUUUCAAACGAGACGCUUAAUCUCGUCAAUCGAAAAACAAACACCCACUGUUAUCACCUCGACAAAUAUAACCCCCCGUCCUCCGUUAUAUGAGAAACGGUUAGAGAACGACGCUCUAGAAGCAAACCAUCAGCUCGACUUGUUUUCAAACGGCCCUGUCGAUUGGGCCACACGGCGCUUUUACUUUAAAAUACCCACAACGAUGUGUACUGGUGUAGGCCGAUGUGAAAACUAGACAUUUAUACUUUCUAUUUUAUGUAUGCGCUGUUUGUAUGUGUUUUAUGUGCACAAAAUUUACAUUAAACGUUUUCUAAGAUACAACUACAGAUCAGAGCCGCACUCUGGAGGAUUUAUUUAUUUAAUGUUUUGUUUCAUGUCAUGUCUGGAGGUUUUCGUGAGUGAUUUUUAUUUUGAAGUGCAAACAUUUCUGGUUCCAACAUGGUGAAGUACGGCCCCUUUUAGUUAAAAGUAAAAUAUUACUUGUGUACACUGUAACAGCAUGUCAUUUUACUGGUCUAUUUUAAGAGAUGCAUUUUUUUGGUGGUUACAUUUCUGUCCGAAAACCAAUUAAAUUCUAUUCUCUAGAAAUUAGCCCAGGAUUGCUGAUUCUUAUACACAUCUCAUUGCAAUUAUUUUAGGAACAAUCGGUUCUUGUGGCCACAUAUUGCUUUCAUGCAUAAAGUGUCUUAUUUUUAUAUUCUCACUGUUUUAUUCCCUUUUCCAAAAGAAAUGUUAAUCUAGUUAUCCUUCGCUGAGGGCAGUGUUUUGAAUCCAAAGACUGUUUUUAUUUUUAUUUUAAAAAGCUGGUAAAUGAAAACUGUACAAAUUAGGUGGUGAUUCAAUGGCCGCAGUAACAUGUAUAAAAAAGUUGGCAACUUGCAUUGAAUAUUCAGUACAGUGGGACUAUUAAAUUUGUAAAAAUGA